AUCUCAUUCUAUAGUGUCCAUUACAAAAGAAGUUAAUUUGCCUUUUCCAGAGAAAAUCCAGUAGUUCUUAGCUAUAGAUCCCACCAAAAUUUCCCUCGAUGACUUGCAAGUAAAUCCCAUAGAAGAGUUCAGUUGGCCUACUUCUGAUAUUUCUUCUUAAUUGCGUCCUUUCACAUGUAAAUUAUGUACAUGCAUCACCUACUGUAUGUCAUUUUGGCCUGGUCUAGUGAUUAAAAAAAGCGGAAGACUGUCAGUGUGCUGGAGAAGUAGGGGCAGAGAGAGAAGUAAAGCUUGUUUUUAAAAAGGCAUACCUGCACAGGUGCACCUGUUGAGCAGGUUGGAUUGGAUAAACAUUUUAGGGAGGAGGGGGGAGGGUCAACAGCACAAUGACAGAAGCAAGAAGAAAGGAGAGGACUUUGCCAUCUGACACGCAGACGCAGUGAUUGAUAAGACGUGGGACAGUCUGGACUGAGAAAGUCUUGGAAAUAUGCUGCAUCUGUUUACUGCCAAAAUAAUCUCUCCUCUGGAAUGACUUCACUCCUCAGUACAGCUUAUCAUUGAAUGGCUAUGGCGCUGCCUCUAGCCUUUCUGUCUGAAGACCAGUUCACCUGCUCGAUCUGUCUGGAGGUGUUCAACAACCCAGUCUCAACACCAUGUGGCCACAGCUUCUGCCAGGCCUGCAUCUCCUCCUACUGGGACGGAGGAGGAAGGGGCACCUUCCAUGAGUUUUAUGAGUGUCCCCUCUGCAAGGAGUCCUUCAGAAAGCGACCAGAGCUCCAAAUCAACCGAACCCUGAAGGAAAUUACUGAACAGUUCAAGCAGUUGGCCAACACUGGAGUACCAAUAGAUGAAAGAGGUGGAGGAGGAGUGGAUGUUCAAAACUCAAAAAAAAAUCAUCAUCGCCUGGCCCUGUCUCCACCACAGAGGCUGGGGGAAAUGCCGGAGACCAUCUUUGCUGAGAUGAUGGCUCGUUUUCAGCGGCUGUCAACUUCCGGGAUACCUGAGACCAGCCUCUCCCAUCUCAAUGACCCUCACCCCGAAAGCCCCAGUCCAGUCAAUGCUCCUAUGUCCUUCCAUGCUCAGAACAAUGAGCACCAUGACCCGCCUCCACCCUACUCACUUCCCCGCAGGUACACUCUGAGCGGGCCCAGUGACUCUUCACCCAAUCUGCCUCUGUGUCCUGUCCACCUGAAAGGUCUUGAGUUCUUCUGUUGUACCGACAACACCUGUGUCUGCUGCAUCUGUAUGGAGACAGCAGAGCACCGAGGACACAGCGUCAUCCCUGCUAAGAGAGAGUGGCACAUCAAGAAGUCCCAGUUAGGUUUUGCAGAGGUGGAGCUGAAGGAUCUCAUCUGUGAGCGAGAGAGGAAAGUAGAAGAAAUACAAAACUCCUUACGAGAGAUAAAGGCUGCUUCUGAGAGAGAGAAAGAUGGAGCUGUCUGUGUGUUUUCCAAGCUGAUCUCCAGUUUGGAGCGAUGCCAAGCUGAGGUCUUGGAGGUGUUAGAAAUGAGUCGGCGAGCGGCUGAGCACCGAGCUCAGGGCCUGCUGAGAGAGCUGGAGGAGGAGAUAGCUGAGCUAAAAAAUAGAAGUACAGCACUGAGCCAGCUUGCUCUGUCUGAAGACUACGUACUCUUUCUCAAGUUGUUCCCUACCCUGUCCACCACUCAAUCAGCUAAGGACUGGUCCAGUGUCUCUGUGGUGUCGGAGAUGACCUCAGGGGUGAUUCUCAGGACUGUCAACCAAAUGAUGGAGCGCUUUCAGGAGGAGAUGGAGAAACUGCCAGAAGUCUGCCAGCGAUCCUCAAUGGGCCAGUCUGUACCCAGGCCCAACCCAAAAAUAAGGAGGGUUCAAGAAUAUGCAGCCAACAUCACUUUAGACGCCAGCACAGCACACCCACGUCUCAUCAUCUCAGCAGAUGGGAAGCAGGUGCACUGUGGUGACCACCAUCAGUUGGUACCCAACAACCCUGAGCGCUUUGACCGGGUGGUGUGUGUGCUAGCCCAUCAGGGCUUCAACUCAGGACGGCAUUACUGGGAGGUGGAGGUGGGAGAAAAGACUGACUGGGACCUGGGAGUGGCAAGUCGUUCCAUCAAUCGGAAGGGCAAAAUCACUGUAAGCCCUGCCAAUGGCUACUGGUUCCUCAGCUUGCGAGAUCGGAGCGACUACGCCUUCCGAACAGAACCCUCAACCAACCUGACAGUCAGCCAUAGACCCUCCCGGAUUGGAAUCUAUGUGGACUGUGAUAAAGGACUGGUGUCCUUCUACAACGUGGAGGCCAGACUGCUCAUUUAUACAUUCACAGAUAUUUUUUCUGACACCAUCCAUGCGUUUUUCAGCCCCUGUACUAAUAAAUCAGGACAGAAUGAGGCUCCACUAAUCAUUGUCCCUGUUGCAAAGACGGAAUGAAAUGGGCCAACAAGUUAAGGACAUCUUUACUAAUGGGGAAUGCUCCUACAUGCAUCCAUGUAUGUCAGAAGAAGAUUAGAUGCACAAACAUACCUCUAGAACAGAGUUGAUCACAUCUUCACUUCAUUCACUUAUUGCAUUAGAGUAGAUAAUGAGCCAUUAGGAUGUUAACGGCAUAUUAUACAUGGCCACAGAUAGCAUGUUAACAUUAUGUAUGUAUUAUGAGAAUAGGAUGCUGGUUUCAAGAUAGUAACCGUUUAUCCAAAUUAAAAUGCUCGUACAACACGUUUUUUUAAGGAUUCUUCGGCAUCUGUUUUUGAGCGUAUAGAGCAUGUGUAGUAGAAUCCCUCUGUGGCCGAGCUGAUUUAAAGCAUGCAAAUUAAGGAUUUCCUCUGAGUGAGCAGUCUGACUUUCUAUUGGCUCAGGAAGUUGGAUUUCUUUCCCCAACAAAUAAGAGUAGAGAUAAAUUGUUCCUACCGAGGCAUUUGUGUGAGCAGUAACCUGGGAAAGGUUUUCUGUAGCAUUAUCAUUGCCCAGAUUCUGGUCUUCCUUAUGAAACACAAUGUCAUGAGUAACAUAGACUUACUGCAUUUGAUUUCCCCCCACAAAUUCUAUAAAUACGCACUUUCAUUGUAUGGGCUAUGAGCGUUCAGAAAAUGGCGAGGGGAGGGUCUAGAGCCAGGACAACAGGCAGAAGUACUGUUUUUAAAACAUUAUUACUCAUCAUCAAAAUGACAGAAACGUUCUUAAGGUCUCAUAGACUAUUUAUGAGUUACUUCUUGAAAAUAUUUUGACUUUUUGAAAGGUUUCACACAUUUACAGAGGCACUUUUUCUGAUGUGAAUGUGAGUGGAAAUUCCCAGCCGUCCAGAAUACUGUGAGCCCUCACUGUAAUCUGGACGUGUCUACUGACUAUUUUUUCAAGAUUUCUGCGCAUUGAUAUUUUAUUGGACUUUUUACUGUGCUGUGUGUCGGAAAUGUCUGGAAUACAGUGAGUGUACUAUAAAGGGCAAAUUGGCUUUUUACCAAACCACGCACUACUGACCACAUUUACACUUUACACACUCUAAUCAAUCAAAAUGUACACCAAAUGCUGGGGUAAAUAAAGUUUUUUAGAUUGUAGAUUUAAAGCUUAUUACAUUAGUCUGAGGGAUGAAGUACAUAACAUGACUUGUGAUUUCAGGAAGAACUGUAUAAAAUGUAUUUUUGUAAUAAGCGUGGCUCAAACGUCUCCUUGUCUGAGGACAGACACUAUUGUCCUUUUGGUGGCUUAAAGAUUGUAUGUAAGGACAGAUACUUGAAGGGAUGAGAGAGAACACUGGCGUCUUCUCCCGUGCGCACGUAAUAAAGGUUUUGAUUCAUCACA